CAAUCAAAAUUAGCGCCAUAAUGUGACUAAUACGCUAGCGCUACCUGUGAAUAGUUUUUCGUUCCCUAACCAAAUUUUGCAACAACAAUAAUACGCACAACACCGGCUUGAUUUGUUUUAUCUUUGAUUCAACAAUUUUACGUUGUGUCAUUGUCAUUAAUUGAUUUUCGAAGUUACUAUUGAUGAGAUUAAUAAUUUCCAAAAAUCUGAAAUUCAUUAGUUUACUUUAGCUUCAAAAUAAAAACAAGUAUGUCAAUGUCAUUUGGAGAAGUAGUGUAUCCAAGUUCACGAGCAUUUUGGACUGAAGAGGAUGACGAGAAUGAUAAUCAAAGUACUGAAAAUUUAACCAAAUUAUUUACUGUUGAAUGGUCUGAAGAUAUUCCACAACAAAUAAAUACUUUGAUUGUCAUAGAAACAUCGUUGAUUGUUGAUUUUAUGAAAGAUUAUGUGUCAAAAAAUGCUAAAGAAGUCUGCCAAAUAAAAUCAUCAUCAUCGAAACAUCCUUCAAAGUUGUACAAAGCUUCAAAUAAUUCAUUCAUUUGUUUAGUCAGUCCCGAUGUUGAAUUGGCUCAAGCUGGAGAUUUUGUUGAUACAGCAUCAGAGAUCUUGAAAAAGGCAAAAAACAUCAUAGCAAUCACCAGCAGUCACAUAACUCAAUUAAAAAAUAUUGAGAACCGAAAUAUUUCAACAUAUUUAAUCUCAUUGUAUACUAGAAAAGCUACUAAUGAUGUUAAAAAUUCUAUUUCUAUGCCCAAACAGCCCAGCAUUGUUCCUGGAGUUGGUGCUGGAGUUGUUGCUUAUGCUGAAGUAAUGGAUCAAUCAGCGUCAUUGAAUAUUUUAUACCUGGAUGGCUAUGAGUUAGAUUCAAACAGUGCAUCACCUUUAACAAAAUUAUUUGCUGAGGUAACUAAGCAUGAAUUACCAGAAUUAAAAUGUGGGAAACCCUUUAUUUUCAAUAAAGGAAACUUGUAUAUGUAUUCCAAUAUUUUUUAUUAUCAACAUCGUCAUAUAAACAUGGCAACUUAA